GUUUCGAGUCGCUUGCGUCCCACAAAAAAAAAAAAUACCUGCGUCGUGUGCGAUUCCGACAAUCGGGCGGAAUUCGAUUAGGAAACCACGAAUCUUUAUCAAAAUGAAUGCGUGUGGACUGUGUUUACGUAAUAGUAUUAUAGUAUUUUAACUUUUACCGCCAACGGAUCUAUUAUUUAUUUUUUUUGCUGUGAGUGCGUGCGAAGAGAGGAAUCGUAAAACGAAUAAAGUAAAAGAAAUAGAAAAAGAAAAAGAAAAACUGCAGCGAGCGGAGAAGAGCGUGGAAAAUACGCGGACUACCUGUUGAUCCCAAGAUCCCAAGAUCUCAACGGAUCUAGUGUUUUUCUUUUUUGUUUUUGCCGUUUUGCCAAAGGUCGCGGGCUGUAAAACCUUUCCAUUUGCCGUGCCCGGUGCACGUGCAUUUAAAAUACAAAUAUUUUUCGAAUAUUUGCUUAAAAAAAAAAAACAAAAAACACAAAUCAUGGAAGAGUCUUCGUACCGCUCCACACUAUCAUCUUUAUCCAUGGGAAGAAGGCUACAGAUUUGGUUAAUUCUACAAAUUGUGAUCCCUACUCUCUGCUUUAAUCUGGAACAACGAUUGCCCAUCGUGAAAUAUGGACAUCCGAAGUCCAAUUUUGGCUACUCGGUGGCCACCCACACAAUUGGCGAGGUCAAUGGGCCCAACAAAACAAAUUGUGUUCUUGUGGGAGCCCCAUUGGAUCAAAAUCGACAGCCAAACACCUCACAUUCUGGCGCCCUCUGGCGGUGUCCCAUGACACAAAGUUUCAGUGACUGCGAACAAGUGAUCACCGAUGGCAGGCGAUCGAACGGAACAUAUGAGAUUCAAUUAAAUAAGACUUUCGAUAGCGAAAUCCUCUCACCACCCGGUAACGAUGAGAUCAAGGAGGACCAAUGGAUGGGCGUUACGGUACGAUCGAGUCCCCUGCAAGCCAACGGUUCCGGAGGAAAGGUUGUCGUAUGCGCCCAUCGCUAUAUGUACAUCGUUCGGGAGAAUCGCUAUGGCCAGGGUCUCUGCUAUCUACUGACAAACGAUCUGCAGUUCGAAGAGGUCCACGAACCCUGCAAGGGACGACCUGUGCAAAGACAACACGAGGAUUACGGACUGUGCCAGGCGGGAACAUCGGCUGCCCUUUUAGACGAUGACACCAUGGUGUUGGGUUCCCCUGGACCCUAUACGUGGCGUGGAUCCAUCUGGGUGACCCAGGUGGGCGGGGAGUACCUGCAGCGCGACAAGACAACCUAUUACAAUGAUCACUCGGACACCACGUCGAAGGUGGAGAAGUACAGCUACCUGGGCAUGUCGGUGACUGGUGGCCGGUUCUUUGGCCAAAUGUCAUAUGCGGCUGGAGCUCCACGUUCCCAAGGCCACGGCCAGGUGCUGAUCUUCGACAAGUCCACCAAUAAUCCGAUUCCAGUCCACUUGACGCUGGAUGGUGAGCAAUUCGGCUCGAGUUUUGGUUAUGAACUGGCCACAGCCGAUGUGAAUGGCGAUCAUAGACCCGAUUUGAUAGUGGCAGCUCCUUUGUACUUCACCAAGUCGGAGGGUGGAGCCGUGUACGUGUACCAGAAUGACCGGGAUACGUUGCCACUGAAGUACACCCUCAAAUUGACGGGUGCGCUGGAGAGUCGUUUUGGCCUGGCUCUGGCCAAUAUCGGCGAUCUGAACAAGGAUAACUGCGAGGAUCUGGCGGUGGGAGCUCCAUACGAGGGUAACGGUGUGGUCUACAUCUACUUGGGCUCCAGCCAGGGACUGAAUGCCAAGCCAGCCCAGAAGAUACAGGCCUCGGAACUGGGUGGCAUCCGGCCCACUGGCCAGCCGAUUCGCACCUUUGGCAUCUCGAUAUCAGGGAAUACGGACCUGGAUGACAACUCCUAUCCGGAUGUGGUGAUUGGGGCAUUUAACUCCUCGGCAGCGGUGAUCCUGCUGGCCAGACCCAUCAUCAGCAUCCAGACGAAUGUGAUCCGCGACCAGCUGCGCAACAUGGAUCCCAACAAGCCGGGCUGCCUCGCCGACCCCGCCAGCAAUCUCACCUGCUUCACCUUCGAGGCCUGCUGCAGCAUCGAUCCUUAUGAUGAGAAGAGCAAGGAGCUCCGGUUGUCCUACAGCGUUGAGACGGAGACCUUCGAUCAUCUGAAGAAGUUCUCGCGGGUCUUCUUCGAUCGGGAUAAUAAGCGGAGCAAUGUGCUCAGCCGGAAUGUGACGGUGCAGACGGACGGCAGGAUGCAUUGCCAGUCGAUCACCGGUUACAUCAAGGCAAAUACCCGGGAUAUCCAGACUCCGGUCCGCUUCCGAUUGAAGUACUCUCUGGUGGAACCACCACUGGCCUCCUCCGCCUUGGUACGCCUCAAUCCGAUAUUGGACCAGACCCAGGCCCACAUCGACUUCGAGGGCACCUUCCAGAAGGACUGCGGCGAUGAUGAUCUCUGCGAGAGCAACCUGGUCAUACGGGCGGAGCCGAACAUCACACAGUCCUCGGGCAACGAUUACACCUUAAUCCUGGAUGAAACGGAACUGGAGGUUCGCAUCAAUGUGAGCAAUCUAGCGGAUUCCGCCUACGAGGCUCAGCUGUUCAUCGUCCAUCAGGCGGGAGUGUCUUAUGUGGCCACCAAGAAGCCGACGAAUGCCACCUGCAACAGCUACAACACCACCCUGGUCGCCUGCAGUCUGGGUAAUCCCAUGCUGCGUGGCACCACCACUUUCGUGACCAUACGCUUCCAGCCAAAGGGACUGGAGCCCAGCGAGAAGUCCAUGCUGUUCCACAUCUUUGCGAAUACCACCUCUAAGUUGGUGGGACGCGAGCGACCCGAACGGGAUCUUCUGGUGCAUGUGGUGCGCCGGGCGAAGCUGAACUUACGCGGUUGGGCCAUACCCGAGCAGAGUUUCUAUAGUGGAUCAUUUGUGGCGGCUAGUCCGGCUGCCGGCACCGCCGUUUCCGAGAUCGAGGGACACGGUCCCAUGGGAAUGGACGAUGUGGGCUCCCAGGUGCAUCACAUGUACACCAUCUUCAACGAGGGACCCUCGACGGCGCCCAAGGUCCAAAUGGUCAUCCAUUGGCCGUACUCACUGUACAGUGAUCCCCAGAGCGGGCGACAGCUUCAGUAUCUGCUCUAUCUGGAGCAGAUACCCACCGUGGAGGUUAGCCAGGGCGAGUGCCACGUGGCCAAGGAGUAUGUGAACCCGCUAAAUUUGGCCAGUGGUUCGAGGGAGAAUCCUGCUUACCUCAGUGCCCCGGCCCAGAUGAGAAUGUUCCCCUCGCAGUCCCGUCAUCCGUUCAACAAGAGUAUGAUCCACUCGCAGAGGUCCUACUUUUCCAGCAGCCAUCGGGAGGAUCAUACGGAGGAUCACUCGCAGGCAUCCCGCAAUCGGGUGCGUCGCAAUUUCCUGGAACGAGUCACCCGCCUGGAGAGGCUUAUGUACGAUCCCGAGAGCGGCAAUGCGGCGGGAUCCGGUGGCAAGAAGCAGGACAUCGUGGAGCUGGACUGCAACAAGGGCACGACGAACUGCGUGCGCAUCGAGUGCGAUAUCCUGAACAUGCCCGCCCUAUCCGAGGCCCAGGUGGUGGUCAAGGCCCGCCUGUGGAACUCCACGCUGGUCAGCGAAUAUCCCCGCGUGGAGCGGGUCAGGAUCUUCUCGACGGCCACGGCCCAAAUACCCGAGGACUAUGGCGUCGAGGUGAUGGAGCACAACAACAUAGAGGUGGAGACGCGAGCCUAUCCAGAGCUGAGGAACCAGCAGCGCGAUCCAUCGAUACCCUGGCUGAUCAUCAUCCUGGGCAUCGUGGGUGGACUGCUGCUCCUGGCGCUGUUCACCUAUGUGCUGUGGAAGUGCGGCUUCUUCAAGCGCAUCCGACCCACCGAUCCGACGCUCAGCGGCAAUCUGGAGAAGAUGAACGAGGAGAAGCCUUUCCUGGGGCCGGCAAAGAAUUCGCAUAAUGUUUUCUAACAAGAGGGCACCGUCGGCUGGGAUUUGGUGCGCCGCCGGAGGCGUCGACGCCGUCUAAAGCUGCCACUUCCGGUUCCGCAGCGGCCACGACAUGGCUGGCGGAAAACUGCGGAAAAGUCCAAGAGCAGUAAUAAUAACAACAACAACAACAAUGACAGCGAUGUGGACGUGCUUUCGCUGACGCCGCCGCCGCCACCGCUCAGCAUCCUCAGCUGGGGAAACGAUGGCUACUACCAGGCCAGCGCCGCCUGGUGGGGUCACCACAUGUGAUCGGAUGGGUCACCAGUGGGUCAUGUGGGUUGUGGUUCAAUGUGCCAUUUCGUUUACUUAAUGCAGCAGGCUUAGUUCAGUUCACCAGACGGAAUUGGUAGCCGGGCUUCCGUCGCUGACAUCAGCUAAAUCUAUUGCUUGGUCAAGGAUUUAAGUUAUAAAUAAUAAAAAAAAAACUUGAGACGUCUUAAAAAUCAAAGAGAUAAUGUGUACUUCAAGUCCAGAAAAAUAAUCUAAUUUUCAGAUUUUUAAAUAUUUCGAACUUGGUUUCAAAUUCAAGUAUUGCUUUGGCAAUAAUCAAAAUAGCCUCAACGUUUUAAGAAAAAAAUGAAAUUUUAAGAUUGUUAAAUAUUCCGGACUUGGAAAAUCCACCUGUUUUCAAAUUCAAGUAUUGCUUUGCAAUAGUCAAAAUAGCCUAAAAGUUUUUUAUGGUGCUCUUAAAACCUCGACUUACUAUAAAUCAACCAAGGAAAUGAAAUUGACUUUUAAUUGUAAUGUUUUAAAGUCCUUGAAAGUGUACGAUCACAAUAGUUUAUAGCAAUGCAUUGUUAUAUGUUCAGCUGAUGUCGGUACUGAGCUUUAGUCUAAAGAUUAGCUAAGCACCCAAAUGUAAAAAUGUCCAUUGUCAUAUAUAGAUUUAAGCCUAAGCUAGACUAAGCUGAAGAGGACGAAGCGAAAAUUCCGAAUAUCUUACAGAAGAAAAAACACUGCCAAUAACAACAAAUCUAAAGUGCCUCGAAAUCGAACCGUAAUUCCAAUGUACUGGACACGUCUUAAACAAAAAAAACGAAAGUAUUAGCACAAACUUAAUGCAUAGCUAUAAAUAAUCCACGAGUAACAGAAUUUAGCACACACACAGGCAAGAAUAUAUUUUUUUUAUAAUUUUUCGCUUUUUUUCGGUUAAGUUAAGUUAGGAUGAGUUUUUUUAAUUGUGGAAAACACCAGAGAUGUUGGUUUUUGUUUGUAUGUAUGUGUGGGGUCAACAUGUAGUUAAAUUAGUUGUAAAUACAAAUUCAAUAGUACUAGCUGUAAAUAGUAAUUAUGUUUCUUUAACUAUUUAAUAUACGAUUCCUUUUUUUUAAGAAAA